AACAGUGGAUUAACUGCCUUGUUCAGGGGCAGAAGGAGAGAUUUUUACCUUGUCAGCUCGGGGAUUUGAACUUGCAACCUUUCGGUUUCUAGUACAACGUUCUAACCACUAGGCUUCCUGUCGCCCAAUGCAAUGAAUGUGCAUUAAUAGCCUUGUAGUGCAUCAAGAAAAACAGAACUCACAAUUCUAUUGGAAACAGCUCGUGGAAUUCCACUCAAGAAUGUCACACAGCUCCUACACCAGGAUGUGGGUCCAGGCCCAUGGAGCCUUGGAGGACCUCCUGGUGGAUGAGCACCCUCCCACUGCCCCUCGGCCACUGAAGGACCGGCUGCAGGUCUUCCAGGGCCUGGCCACCUUCUACCUGAAGUACCUGCAGAUCUUCCGCAGCCUGGAGGCUGUCUACGACCAGAUAGUUCACCCCCAGAAGAGGCGCGUGGUCAGGCACGUGUUGGACGGCGUGAUGGGUAGAAUCCUGGAGCUCAAGAACGAGAUGGUGGAGCUGGAGUUCUCAGAGUUCCACUACUUUGAUGAUGUGCUGCAGGACCUCAAGCUGACACCUGAGGACCUGGAGGUGCCCAUUCCUCAGUAUUUUGUGAGAGAGAAGAUGCAUGUGCUGCGGGACAGAGAGAAGAUGCUGGCUCAUGUCAUGGCUAAAGGGGGACACAUUGAACAGGUUGAGCAGGAGCUGUCGGUUCAGACCAUGUGUCUGGAGGAAGCUGUUCGGGUCCUUCAGGUUUGUGAGCGGGCACGGCAGGGUCGGCUCAGGCAUCGCUUCAUGAAGGAGAUACGGCAGGCUGAGGAAGAGGGGAGCCAGGCCCAGAGCCAAACACCCAUCAGCACCUUGGACCCCGACCAGGCUGCCACAUGCAUUCAGAAGGUUUGGCGGGGCUACAGUCAGAGGAAGAGGACCAGGAGAGAACGGCUGGAGGAGAUGAUAUUCCUGGGAAUGGUCCCUCCAGAGCAGCAGCAGCAGAGGCCCAGCGUGGCCCAACUGAAGGCCCAGCAGGUGGAGACGACUCGCAGGCUGGUCCAGGAGGAGAAUGAGGCUGAGUACCAGAGGGCCCUGGUCAGCAUCAAGGAGUCUGUGCGUGCCGUGGACGGCCCUGACCUACGGGAAACUCUGCAAGAGCAGAUCAGACAGUGGUUUAUUGAGUGCCGAGAUGCUACUGGAAAGUUUCCUGACUUCCCCAAUGCUGAGGAUGGGGGAUCAACAGCCAUAUUUGCACAGAAGACACCUGACCAGGUCGCUGCAGAAUUAGCAGUGAAAGAGGAAGAGAAGGAGAAGAAGAGGAAAGACAACAUAAAUAAAGAUAAGAAGGGUGGGAAGGACCGCAAGGAUCAGAAGAAAGACAAGAAGCGGAAAAGCAAACAGAAGAAAGGAGGAAAAGAAGAAGGAGAGGAGGAGGAGAAGGGCUGGAAAAUGCCCCCGAGCAACUUCCUCCCAACUGUUGUGGAGGGAAACAAAAUGUACAAAGACGUGUGGCAGGGGCGUGAUGAGAAACAGAACUUCCUGCAGCGGUUUGAUGCGCAGCUGGUGCGUGAGGAGAAGAGGUUGGAGGUGGAGGAGGAGGUCAGAGUUCAGGUCGAUGAGCUGAUGAGACAGGAAGUGAAGAAUCUCAAGCUGGCUGUGGACCGAGAGAAAGGGAAGAAGAAGAAGAAGGGAAAGAAAGGUGGCAAGAAGAAAAAGAAGAAAGGAAAGAAGGGCAGUAAGAAGAAGAAGAAGAAAGAGAAGGAUCUGACUGCCGACAGAACCCUUGAGUCUCUGUAUGAAGAACUGGUGCUGGAAGGCUUCUUGAUUAGACCCUUGAACAUCAAGCUCUCUGAGUACAUUGAUGUCUCGCUGCGGCCGUGUUGCAACAAGGGUCAGGAUGACGCCACACUCUAUCAUGUUGAACAGACAGACACACGCGCCUGGCUCCCCAGAGGCUCCCCAAAACCAGUGAGUUCAGCUACCUGGGUACGACCCUGCGUCAGGCAGACAUUGAGCCCAUGCCCUCUCUGUCAGACGUCAGACAGCUCAUUGCCCUUUAUGGGAUCCUGCCUCUGGGUUCCCAGUCCGUCCAUCAGAAGGCUCCCCUGAUGAAGACUCUGCUGCUGGCUGGUCCUGGAGGCGUAGGGAAGAGGAUGCUGGUCCAUGCUCUGUGCACUGAGACCGGGGCCAACC